AUGGCCAAGUCAGGUUCUAAAAGGUUAAGAACUCGGUCGAUAACACAAGAAGAGGCAUUAGUGUCCACACCGCCAACCAGUACUUCGACUACAGAAUUGCCAAUUUCAAUGAAGGCUACUGAAGAAAUCUCGCGACUCAAGAAAGAGGUUGAAAGAUUAACGGCUGAAAUAGCUUUUAAGGAUCAGGUCAUUGCGAGUUUACAGGCGGAUAGCAAAAGAUUCAAGCCGGGAUUAACGUGUGUUAUUUGCAUAGAAUAUAUGUCAAACCCUUGUACUAUUUCAUGUGGUCACACUUUUUGUUACCAAUGCCUUUAUGAUUGGGUCAAAAUACGUAAAGAAUGUCCAACAUGUCGUGUUAAAAUAACAUCAAAACCAGCACUGUCAUUCGUAGUUAAAGAACAAGUGGAAACUUUUGUUGACAGAUUAUCAUCAGAUGAUGAAAAAAGAAACGCACAAGAACGUCUUAGAAAAAAAGAACAAGAAAUGAAGAGUGUGGCAGAUCCGUGGCGUGGUCUUUUCAAUGAACCAAAUGCACCAGUUAUUAUUGAUCUUGCUGAUGGCAUAAGGCGUUGUACAAGGUGUUCAUGGGAAGGGGAUCAUUGUGUUAACUGUGGACAACAAUUCAUAAUAGAAAUUGAAGAUGAUAUAGACAUCCCACUUGAUGAGGAUGCAGAUACGGAUGAUUAUGAGGAUUCUUUCAUAGAUGAUAGAGAAAUAGUAGAACUUGGAUCAUCGGAUGAUACUUACACCGGUGAAAGCGAAAGUGAAUUAACAAACGCUGCUUCAAUAUCUCCCAUAAAUACGCGUAGUCGGCGAAGACACUAG